UGCAUACUGUAUUAACUUGAUUGAAUUUCACACUUUUGAAUCUUGUUAAUGAUCCGAAACGCAAGUCAAUUGACAAAAGACAUAUUUGACAUGCCUGUUAAGGUUUGCAGGCCUGCCACUAUUUGACCAAAGCGCGAGCUGCCCCUCGUAUUUUGGCCGACACUUCUGAGAAGGCCUUUUUUAAUUGGAUGUGAGCACAAGGGGCCAGUGGCUGUGGACUUUGGCUCCCUUGGCUCCGGGCCCUUGCGACGUACUUCAGGUUCCUGCACUAAAUGUGAUUUUGUGUGUGUGUGUUUGACCCACACCCCGCAGGAUGUUGCCCUCUGAAGCUCCUGGGGCCUCCGACUCAGCGUUUCACCUUAAUCUGUCCUUUUCCUUUUCCCUAAUGAACUUUACCAGUGUCCAACUUUGUGUGCGUGAGCGUGCUCCGAAUUUCAACGUAGCCUUAAUUUAGACGUCGACACUUUAAUGUGCACGCUCAUUUAGCCAAACCGCUUCUUCUAUCCGUCCCCUUCUUUCUUUGGCCGCUUAAUGAAGCGAGCCAGCUGCGUUGCUUAUUCCGUCGCCGUGUUCACAACCGAACUCGUUUGGGUGAAAGUGUCAUUAGCGCCAGUGGAGGGACAUCAACACUCGCACACAUGCACGUAUUGGUUAUGUACAUGGCAUUAAGUAGAGAUUAUGGGCAAAUGAAGCUGUUGUAGCAGAGCGCUGGAGGUUAUCUCUGUUUUUAGUCGCAUAAGAGCACAGGUUGGUGUGCGUACGUGUAUCACUAGCACUCACACAAAUGCAGUCGUUGGCAAAAAACGCAGUGUGAUGGAUUAAAGCCUGCAGAGGUCCAGUGUUAAAAUUCCAUAUUUAUCCCGAGAGCAGCGAGAUAAGAGGGCGAAGAGGGGUCAACUGAUGCAGUGAACUGACUGGCGGAGCGUAGCGGCUGCGAUGUCCUCAGCAUUCCGGUGCCCAUGCGGCGCGGCGGCUCCGAGUCCAACCUGGACGUGGUGGACGGCGUGGGACGCAACGGCGUGGGCCUGGACUUCCACAGGGGGGCGCUGGGCAUCGACAGCCUGCAGCAGAAGAUCCUCAAGGUGACGGAGCAGAUCAAGGUGGAGCAGACGGCGCGGGACCAGAAUGUGGCGGAGUACCUGAAGCUGGUCAAUAACGCCGACAAGCAGCAGGUGCUGCGCAUCCGUCAGGUGUUUGGGAAGAAGAACCAAAAGUCGGCGCACUCCAUCGCCAGGCUCCAGAGGAAGCUGGAGCAGUACCACCGGCGCGCCAGGGACAGCGAGGCCAACGGCAAGCACGGCCACAAGGACGGCGCCCGGGACUCGGGCGGCCACAGCAAGGAGGGCAACCUGCGCGACGUCAGCGCCUCGGGGCGGCACCCCGCUCUGGACAAAGUCAAGACCAUCGGGCCGGGAGUGUCGCUCUCGCCUCCGUUCUUCUUCAACAAGUCGCGCGGCUUCGCCAACCUCAUCCGCAACAGGUACGGCAGCGCCGACAACAUCGCACACCUCAAGAGCAUGGACGCCGGGUCGGGGCUCCACGCCGAGGGCGGCGGCCGGGGCCUGAGCGGCAGCGCCACCACCGUCGCCAAGGCCGGGAAGUACCAGAGCGACGACGAGUGCUCCACCGGAACCUCGGCCUCCGUCGACUCCAACGGCAACCCGGCCGGCGGCUCGGCGGCCGGCUCGGGCGGCGGCGGCGCCAGGUCCGACGGCACCGGGCGGCUGGCGGAGGUCCUGGACGUGGUCCGCGACAUCCGGGAGGCUCAGACCCAGCUGGGAGACGACAUCGAGGCGCUCAACACGCAGUUUAAACGCGACUACGGAUACUUCACGCAGGUGCUGCAGGAGGAGCGGUACAGGUACGAGCGCCUGGAGGACCAGCUGAACGACCUGACGGAGCUCCACCAGCACGAGACCAGCAACCUGAAGCAGGAGCUGGCCAGCAUCGAGGAGAAGGUGGCCUACCAGGCCUACGAGAGGGCGCGGGACAUCCAGGAGGUGCUGGAGUCGUGCCAGACGCGCGUGUCCAAGCUGGAGCUUCAGCAGCAGCAGCAGCAGCAGACGGUGCAGCUGGAGAACUCGGACGCCAAGGUGCUGCUGGGCAAGUGCAUCAACAUCAUGCUGGCCUUCGCCACCGUCAUCCUGGUGUGCGUGUCCACGGCGGCCAAGUUCGCCGCCCCGCUCCUGCGCAGCCGCCUGCGCCUGGCGCUCACCUGCGUGGGCGUGGCCCUGCUGGCGGUGCUGUGGAAGAACUGGGAGCAUUUGCAGCGCUCCGUGGAACGGCUGCUGCUGCCGCACUGAGACCUCGCGCUCGCCGGUGAAGAUCCCAAACAUUUUGCGAGUACUGCGGUGCAUCUGCGUGUCGCCAUAGAGACACCAGAUGACGAGGAGUUUACACAUCGCCUUUUACACCAGCACUUGUUCCCGGCGUGUGCCGGGACGCAACGAAACUCCACAAACGGACGUCCCCAAAGAAGCCCAAGACGGAGCUGGUCACAACGCUGCCUUCAGGGUACGUGGGGAAAAGAGAAACUUCGCACACCACCUGCCAUCUUUUCUUUGCGGGGAAAUGGAAAGAUGAAUUUGUGCAUCUCGGUCAGAGUUUCACAAACUCUAUUGAGCCAAAGCACAUAUUUUUUUCUUUUUAGCAUUAAGCUAAUCAGACUUUGAUAAACUUUAACGCUAUUUGGUUGUUGGAAAUGCACAGUGUGUCGUUCGCUUCGUUUUCUGUUUAGUUUGUACUCUUAUCUCAAUUUUCCGCGCGCAAGUCAAAGCAAACGACUGGCCGAACGACGCCUCAUAUCUUGAAAAACUCCUAGGUCGGGUGACUCGUAUCUCAAGGCACCGCUGUACACGGAAAUGAUAACAAAGUCCCAAUUUGGUCUCAAAUUGAAGUUCAUUAUGCACCUUCUUCCAUCAAGUGGAAACGCAUUGAACUGUGCUGCCUGUCACUAUGCGUCGCUGGCAUAGAUAGAUGAACACAAGCUCCAGAAAGGUUCACUAAUUUCAUCCGUUUAUUGUAUUUUUGUCUGUUUUGUGUCGAAUUACUGGGCUUUCUGUGUGUAACAUUAUUCGCAUGGCAUCGGGCAACUGCUACGAUGUGAUGCGAUGCACUGACAUGUUUUAUGAACCUUGAAAAUUAUGAUGCAGCAUCCACAAUUCACAAGUCAUCAUUUUCUCAUAUGCUAAUGUGCACAGGAACGGCAUUUAAUAUUUCCCAAAUGGUCAAUCCGUUCCUUUACACUGUCAAGAAUUUUAUGAAAUGUUUCAUGUUUUUUGGGGGUAAAACAAAACAAAGCAAAACAAAACAAAACACAUGCCGGUGAACGGCCUUGAAUGACAUUUUGUGCUGCAUUCAAGCGCAGCAGGAACAGCAGCACCAACGGUUCAAAGCGUUCCCAACUGCCGCAUAUUUUUAAAAAUAAUUGCUACCAGGUUGUUUUUUUGUGUCUUUUUUUUUGCACUCAUGACUUGAAGACUCUCCAAUCCCUAAAGGAGAGGCCGAGAGGAUGAAGUUUGUUGUAAAAUGGUGACGCCUCACCGAUCCCAAGUGGCCUUCACCACUUCAGAUUUGAGUGCAAACGUCCUGUCGUGUUCCGCGUGACCCGAAUGCAGCGUCGUGCGCGUGUGUGGAUGACGGAUGGAGGCGGACUGUAGCGCUCGAACCAGAUAUCACUGUGAAGAUGAUGGGGCUGUGACCCUUUGUUUUUGUCCCUUGUAAAGGCCAAAUAUGAAUAAAUAUGUGGGAUUGUAAUCAGGCAUUUAUGACUUUUAAGAUUUUUUUUUUUUUUCCUAAAUCUGUCUCUGUUGAUAUUCCACAGCAUGUCUUUGUUUUUUAAUGAGAAACAUGUGUUUCCAAAAAUGUCCUUGAUGUAUUUUUGGUAAAGAGCACUACAAAGCAUCAUUAGGAAUUGAAAUAAAAUGACAUCGCACGCCCUGUAAACGCAAA